GGUAGGGGUCACAGGUCUAAAGUUCAGUCCCUCAGCAGACUAGCACACACAGUCGGAUUUAUCAGUCCGUAGACCUUCAGAGAGUGGAGUUAAGAGAGAAAAUGUCGCACUGGACUAAAAUGCAGAAAGAUGAGCUCGAGAAGCAGUAUUCACCCAGCCAGUGGUCGCACAGGAUGUCUGCAGACGACGUGAUCAAGGCUCACGUAAAGGCGUUAAAAGAAGGUACAGAGCGUGCCCGUGGUCUGGCUCAAACUUUGCUCAAUGUGCCGUAUGGAGAGGGAGAAGGAGAGAAACUGGAUGUAUACAUACCCAGCACCAACUCUUUAGAUGUCCCGCUUGUUAUCUACAUACAUGGGGGUUACUGGCAGUUUCUCAGCAAGGAGGAGUCGGGAUUCAUGGCUGUUCCACUCAUUGACAAAGGAGUAGUGGUGGUUGCAGUCGGCUAUGACAUAGCCCCCAAAGGUAACAUGGACCUCAUGGUGUCUCAGGUUCGCAAGAGUGUGGUGUCUGUUGUACAGCAGUAUUCUCACAUCAGUGGUCUGUACCUGUGUGGUCACUCUGCUGGAGCUCACCUGGUGGCUAUGGUCCUCUCCACUGACUGGUCCCAGUACAGCAUCACUCCUCAGAUUAAAGGUGCUUUUCUAGUCAGUGGUAUAUACGACCUUCUGCCCAUUCUGUCCACCUAUGUCAAUGAGCCUUUGAAGAUGACAGAGGAGGUAGCGGUGAGGAACAGUCCCAGCAAGCUGGUCCCUCAGCUCAAACUCUCCUCCUCCAGCUGCCACAUUGUUGUAGCCGUCGCUGAGAACGACUCACCAGAGUUUCGGAAGCAGUCAGAAGAUUACUUUAAAACUGUGGAGGCAGCAGGGCUCACUGUGACCAUGGAGGAUGUGGCAAAUACAGACCAUUUCAGUAUCAUUGAGCAACUGGUUGAUGGAGACUAUCAUCUAACAAAGCUUCUCUUGAAGAUGAUGGGGAAGAGCUGAAGUGGCAGUCUUGGAUCCAUCGCCUGAAUCAACAUACCUCUGUAUCAACAUACACCUCUGAAGAGAGUCAUUGUGCACUAAUACUGACAAAAUAUGCAUCACUCAGGUUUGUGCAAUAAUAAAUGUACAAUAUCUGAGUGGGUUGAUUGAUAUAUGUAAAGGUGGUAUGGAUUGUGUUGACUGUCUAGUUCACUGUUUCACUAGUUAUGUUUACUGUAGUUAAUCCUGUCCCAUGCAAAGCUUCAUGUUUCUAUGCUCAUAAGGAUAUCCCUUCAAGGAUGGUUUUUGUUACAGCUUUACUGAGCUGAUUAUAGUUGGUCUAACACUGAUUGUAUAACAGCCAUAGAUCACAAUGCUAUCAUCAGGAAAUACUUUCCUCAGGCAUACCAACACUUCAAGGGUCUGUGGUUUGUUUGGGCAUAUUUCCAUUGUUCAGUGUAAGAGUGGGUCUAUCUUGUGUGUUUAUUUCUCUGACAAUCUCCUCCACAGCUCUAAAACAAGGGUUACAAAAGAGUUCAUGUCAGUGCUGGGUGAAUGUAGCUUUUAAUUGUACUCUCAACAAUCAUAAUGUCUCACAACAUAUCGUCCACACUUGAUAAAUGUUAAUGAGGAAAACUGUAUAUUUGCACUUAUUAUUUGAUCCUAACACAGCUAAUGAAUACUGCUUAUUGAAUAUGCACAUUUAGAAGAACAAAUGGGGCUGCAAUAGCUGAUGCACAAUGUUACUGACUGUCCUCAUUAUAGCAUCUUAAAUUGUUUACAUUCAUGUUUACGCUGUCUGCUAUUAACCAUUAAUGUAGAUAAUGAAGAGAAUCAUCACAAUAAAUAUUUAUAUUUGA